AAUAAAUAAAUAGGAGGAACACGAUGAGGCGAAGUGGCUGUGGUGAAGUGAAACAAAACAAUACAUCGUGUGUUCUGCCCGCCUGUCUCCACAACUGCAAGGCUUGAUAUCCACGACGAUCAUAGACCUAGGCCCCCGCAACCCGUGCAGCCAUGGUGAUCUCCAUACGCGACGCCAUGCUAGCCGGCGGUGUGCAGGGAGGUGGCGGCCGCCAGCAGCUUUACCAGCCGCUCCGCUGCGGCUUGUACGACGACGGCUCGGCCAGGGGCGGCGGCCAAGGCCAAUCCGCUGACGGCCUCGCUGCCGCUCUCUCCGAGGAGGCCGCCGACGCCGUCAGCGUCCCUGCUCAGGGGGCCAAGAAGGUGCUCAUCCUGAUGAGCGACACCGGCGGCGGCCACCGCGCCUCCGCGGAGGCCCUCCGCGACGCCUUCCGCAUCGAGUUCGGCGACGCCUACCAGGUGUUGGUGAUGGAUCUGGGGAAGGAGUACGGGGGCUGGCCGCUGAACGACAUGGAGCGCUCGUACAAGUUCAUGGUUCGCCACGCGCGCCUCUGGAAGGUGGCCUUCCACGGCACCUCCCCGCGGUGGGUGCACGGCAUGUACCUCGCCGCGCUCGCCUACCUCUACGCGAACGAGGUGGUGGCGGGGCUGAUGAAGUACAAGCCGGACAUGAUCAUCAGCGUGCACCCGCUGAUGCAGCACAUCCCGCUGUGGGUUCUCAAGUGGCAGAGCCGCCUGCAGCGCAAGGUGCCCUUCUUCACCGUCGUCACCGACCUCAGCACCUGCCACCCGACAUGGUUCCACUACGGCGUCACAAGGUGUUACUGCCCCUCCGCCGAGGUCGCCAACAGGGCCCUGCUCCGGGGCCUCCAGACCUCCCAAGUUCGCGUCUUCGGGCUGCCGGUCAGGCCCUCCUUCUGCCGUGCCGAGCUCGACAAGGAUGAGAUGAGGAAAGAGCUUGAGCUGGAUCCUGACCUGCCUGCCGUUCUCCUGAUGGGAGGCGGCGAGGGUAUGGGUCCGGUGGAGGAGACAGCGAGGGCCCUCGGCGAGGAGCUCUACGACGACGAGAGACGGCGCCCGAUCGGGCAGAUCGUGGUCAUCUGCGGCAGGAACCGGGUUCUGCGGUCCUCCCUGCAGUCCCUGAAAUGGAAGGUCCCUAUCAAGAUAAGGGGGUUUGAAAAGCAGAUGGAGAGGUGGAUGGGGGCCUGCGACUGCAUCAUCACAAAGGCUGGUCCCGGCACAAUUGCAGAAGCGUUGAUAAGGGGACUUCCAAUCAUCCUGAACGGUUUCAUCCCUGGACAGGUCGGUGCUUGUCCUUGUUUCGCCAUCGAAGUAGGAAAUGUGCCUUACGUGGUGGACAAUGGUGCUGGUGUGUUCUCCAAGGAUCCAAGGAAAGCUGCAAAUCAGGUUGCCCGAUGGUUUAGUGUAGAUGUGGAUGCGCUAAAGAGAUACUCCCAUAAUGCGCUGAAGCUAGCCCAACCUGAAGCCGUGUUUGACAUUGUCAAGGACAUCCACAAACUCCAGCAACAAUCCGCUGCGGUUACCCGGAUCCCCUACUUCUUGACUUCGUCAUUUUCGUAUCAUAUGUGAAUUGAAGAAUACUGUUACAAUUACAUAUUCUCCAUGCUGGAUAUACCUUGCAACUUCGAUCUGCCUGCUGAUGAAGAACCUGUAUAAAUAGGGUUGAUAUUCCUUGGAGUAGAUCUUUUGUUCCAUUUCCAUACACUACUACAAAAAAUGAUUUGUACCAAUGCUCCGACACUA